AUGAGCUGGGGAUUUCUGCGAGAUCUGCUGAGUGGAGUGAAUAAAUAUUCAACAGGAAUCGGAAGAAUCUGGAUAGCAAUUGUAUUCAUAUUCCGCCUACUUGUUUAUGUUGUGGCAGCAGAAAACGUCUGGAAAUACGAACAUGAUGAAUUUGAAUGCAACACGAAGCAGCCGGGCUGUGAGAACGUCUGCUUCGACCACUUCUUCCCUGUCUCCCAGAUCAGGCUCUGGGCUUUGCAGUUAAUCACAGUGUCCACUCCGUCACUCUUGGUUGUUUUUCAUGUUGCCUAUCGAGAGAAUAGGGAGAAGCGGCACAAGCAGAAGCUUUACAGAAGUACGGGGAAGAUAGAUGGCGGAUUGCUGUGCACUUACCUCAUCAGCCUUAUUUUAAAAACGGGAUUUGAAAUAGUUUUUCUUGUUCUGUUCUACAAAUUGUACAACGGAUUCGAAGUCCCACGUCUUGUGCAAUGUGACAUGAGACCAUGUCCUAAUGCCGUAGACUGCUAUAUUUCCAAACCCACGGAGAAGAUGAUUUUCCUCUAUUUUCUGGUAGCAACGUCAGGUGUGUGCAUUGUAUUAAAUGUAAGUGAACUGAGUUAUCUCAUUUUCAAAUACUCCAUAAAAUGUUAUAUGAAGACAGAGAAAAGCAAACGUAGCUUAACACCAACACAGGCUUCUGAUUAAAUCUGUGCACUAGCUGCUCUCUGAUGGAAGAAGUAGGUUAAUCCAGGGC